AUGUAAAACAACUCGCCAAUCAAAGGUCGACGCAUUUCAAACCAGAUUAAGUUGACUGGGAAAGUUCUUAAAAAGAAGACAGCGUCAGAGGUGGAGAUCAUAGGUCCUUCUGGGAGAGAUAUGGAUACUAGUGUGGUUGCUAAAAUUUAAAUAAUGUAGUAUGAGAACCUGAAAUCGCAUAUGCAGCAGUGCCAAAGUGAACUUAAAGUUGCAAAGAAUCGCCAUGCUGCCAUCAAGAAGAGUCAGCAGUUGUACAAGAAAAAAAAGAAAUCUACGAAAAUUAAAAAGAGUGUUAGUGCUGAAAGAGUUAAGAGCCAAACCUUGGAGUUCUCGUCUCCAGAGUAUGUGCGUCGUAAGAAGGCAGCUACUUUUUUUAAUGAAAAGCCUAACACUCUCUUAGAUCAUCGUGAACGUCUAGGACUCAGUUUUUUAAAUAAAAUAGGCACUAAGAGAAUUGAUUAAAUUUUAGAGCGUAAUAGGAUGUCAUCAAUAGAACAAUCACAUCAUCCUCCGCUCACUCCUGAGAAACAUCGCUUUCCUCAUGAAUUAAAGCAUUACAUGAAGGAGAAAAAGAAGUUCUACUCACAAUUAGAUUCAAUUAAGCAACAAUCCAUGUUAGAAAAGAAAAAGCACAUUGAUGAGAAUCUGCGUUCUUUGGCUGAAAUUGCAAAAAGAAAUUCUCUUUCAAAUAGUAGAUCACCCCCGAGAGACAGUACAAAUAAAGUUAGUGCAAAACCACUUAUGUUAAGUUAUGUGGCUAAUCGCAAAAGUACUUCACGGAAAUCGGGAGUCCCUAAAUCUUUGAAGGAACAAUUUAAGUAAUUGGAGGCUCGAUAUAAAACUUUAAAGAGUAAUAGUGAUGUUAUAUCAUUGAGAGAAUCUAGAAACUACGAACACGAAAUGAAAGAAUAAGCAGCCAAAUGCAUCUAGAGAUGGUUUAAAGGAUUCAAAGCUCGUAAACUUUGGUUGAAGAAGAAAUAGAAGAAGCUACUCAAAAUAUAGUAAUUCUAAUAAAUGAAAGACUCUGAAAUGGUAAGAUGGGAUAAUCUAAAAGCAUUCCUAUAAAAUCUAUAAGUCAAGUAAGAUAUGGUUGUGUUGGCAGAUUUGAUUGAGAGUUUAAUUAGAUAUGCCGAUUUCAACAAAGAAAAUGUACUAUCAAAUACUAUUGAAUAACCUCAAAUCAAAUUGAAACCUUAGAAGUUGAUCAUAGAAAAAUCCGAAGUUUUUCCUCCACAAAUCGGACAAAUCCUAUAUCUUAGAGGCGAAUUGAUUAAGGAAAGAGAAAAGAAAGAAAAGUAGAUCUUGAAGGAUCUCCUUGUUUUAGAGAGGAUCUCUCCUCGCUCCUUUGGUUUGAAGGAGCAAGAAAUUUAGAAGUGGGGGGAAAAAGAAUUGGAAGCAUUGGAAAUCAGCAAAUAAGCAAUCAAGGAUGGAUGGUUUAAAGCCUACGAAACAAUUCAAAAGACUCAAAAGGACUUAAGGUUUGUGUAGAAAUUAGGAGAUGAUCAUUUUAGCAAGAUGAUGCCAGUUAGUGUUAGUCAAAGUAAUCUGCUGAAGAAUUAACUUAACGAUUUAAAAAUUAAUUUAUUAAGGGCUAGCUAUUCUGAGGAAAAUCUCAUAGAUUAAAAGAAGAAGCCACUUUAACAUUCGGACAUCAUACAAUUCAAAUUAAUCAAAUAAGACUUUGUCAUCAUACAUCCAAGGUCUAGAAUAAGGGAUGUUCCAAUAGAAACGGAAGAGUAGGGACAAGUUGAGAAUCUGCAGUAUGUAUAGACUCAUGUUGGCUAUGUUAAACAAUAUUUAGAGGACAUCAAAUUAAUAGUUAAAAAUCAAUAUCAGAAUCAAUUCUUAUAAAUUAUCAAUUUAAGUAUUGGCCCAUCUCCCUUUGAAAUCUUAAGAUUCUUCAGAUUAACUGAAGAAAUGCUGGAACAAUCCUUAGAUGGAGGAUUCAUACAUUAGGCAGUGUUGAAUUUGGAUAUAUUUUCAAUUAAGGAGAAGGUGGGAACAGAAGAAGUUUGUGUCAAUGAGAUGGAGAGAAUACACAACAAAGCUAUUUUUGAUGCUUUCAAUGAGGCAUUGGAUUAUCACCGGCCUUUUGGUAUUAAAGGAAGACCAUUGCCUUGGAGGAAGAAUGUGAUAUAUAGGCAAGUAAGCUCUGUUGAAGAUACGCUUGAGAAAUCGGCAAUAAGGGUUAUGCAAUGGGCUGAGACUCUAAGUGGUAUACUAUUACCAUAAGGUAGUUAAGUGGAUAACGACAUCUUGCCACAAGUUAGAGAAGAAAGAUUAGAUAAGAUGUUAAAGUAGGAAAUAUUCGAAACAGAUGAUAGAUGGUAGGAAUUUGAUGAAGAACACACUGAAGUAGCAUUGGAGUUGAGUGAAUUAAUAUUCAAUCAUCUCAUUACUGAAGUAAUCACUGAAUUAAAAAUUUGA